AUGGAUGACGAGAAGCUACUCAAUGACGAGAAGAAAAAGAAAGAAUCUCCGGAACUCCAUGCGAAUCUUUUCUCAAAAAUCUUCUUCUGCUGGCUAGCUCCACUCUUCGCCGCGGCAAAGAACAAUGAGUAUGACAAAUCAAAGGUUUUCCCGAUUCUCCCCGAUUUCAAAAACGAAAUCGUUUACGAGAAAUGGUUGAAUGUAUGGGGUGAACAAGUUGAUAAAGCACAAAUGAAAAAGACGACACCGAAAACGUUUUGGAUGAUGUUCAACUUCGCGAAAGCUGAAUGGAUCAAAAUGUUUGCCGUUCGAUCAAUCGCUGAUAUUUUUCAGUACAUUCAACCAUUGCUAUUUACUGAACUUCUUACCGCUCUUGGUGCUCCUGUUAUUGAUGUUGAAUGGUGCUUAAUCGUUUCAAUUUUGAUGUUUUUCAUGGCCGAACUCCGAUCAUUCUGUCUAAGCUUUUUACUUUUCCGAUUACUCAAAGUUGAGAUUAAACUCAAAGCAGCCGUUGUUCGACACAUUUAUGAAAAGGGAACCCGCCUCUCACCAACUUCUCAACAGAAAUUCCCCGUUGGAGCCAUUGUCAACUUGAUGUCAGUCGAUAUUGAAAGAUUAGUCCAUGUGAUCCCGUUCGUUCACCACUUCUGGGCUGCUCCGUUGCAGCUAAUCUUUGCAACACUCCUCCUCAUCAAGACUAUCGGAAUCUCAGCGAUUCCGGGAAUUCUCAUCAUCCUGUGCUAUGUUCCUUUCAACUAUUACACGUCGGUUUAUAUGAAAAAGUUUCACAAGAAAAAGAUGCGAUCCAGCGAUCAACGAUUGAAGCAAUUGGAAGAGACAGUGAGUGGAAUCGAGACUGUGAAGACGCAUGUUUGGGAGAAUGCCUUCUCAAACAGAAUUGAGGAAUCGAGAAACAAUGAAGUGAGAAUGCUGAAGAACGCGAGUUGCAUAGCGAGAGCUGUUGAUGCAGCAAAUAUGGCUCUUCCUGUCAUUGUUGCUGUAACAUCAUUCGGCGCUUUUGUCCUUUUCGAGACGUCUGAUCUCACUCCAACAAAAGCUUUCGUCUCUUUGGCGAUUUUCAACAAACUGAGACAACCAGCGAGAAUUAUUGCUCAGUUUUUGAAUGGCCUUAUGCAAGCCCUAGUCGCCAACAAGAGGAUAAAAGAAUACCUAUUGGCUGAAGAGAGAAAUGCUGGAGAAAGUCGAUAUGUAAUUGAUGAUAAAACACCAACUUUACAAAUCUCAACGAAACUUUCGACAAAGCCAUUGAACUUGAUAUUAAAGCGUGGUGAUUUUGCGUCUGUUGUGGGAGCGGUUAGUAGCGGGAAAUCAACUCUCUUGAAUCGAGUUUUAUGGAAUGAUUCUUCUGAGUAUAAUAUAAAAGUGAACGGUCGGAUUGCUUAUGUUCCACAAAAGCCUUGGUUACCGAGAGGAUCUGUGAAAAAUGCGAUCAUUUUUGGAUUGCCCUGGGAUGAGAAGCACUAUAUAAAAGUUGUUGAUGCUUGCGAGCUGAAGACCGAUUUCGAGCAAUGGGCAAACGGAGAUCAAACGAUGAUUGUGGGAAUGAGUAACUCACUUUCGGGUGGACAACGAGCGCGACUCUCAUUGGCUCGUGCUCUCUAUCAACGAGCUGAACUGUACUUAAUUGAUGACACUUUUGCGAGUCUCGACCGAAAAGUUGGAUCAAAAGUGAUGAAGAAUAUUCUUGGCUCAAAUGGAAUACUCAAAAACAGCGCUGUAAUGAUGGUUUCCAGUGAUGUCGACUUUGGAAAAGAAGCAAAGGAAAUUUUAGUUCUUUCGGAGCACAAAGUGAUUGCAACUGGUCAAUACAAAGAACUCAGUGAGUGUAGUCAGGCAUUCAAGGAUUUACUUUCAUACACUGGCAGUGAACGCACGAAGAACAAGGCGGCUGAUGAUGAAAAGCCAAGAAGCCCUUCAAAAUCAAGCACUAAAUCAGCAUUUGAAGAUGAGAAAGUCAAGCCGGAUAACAAUCGACCGGCAAGUUGGUCAGUCUACAAGGCUUACAUCGACUCGGCAUCGAAAGUUUUCAUCUUUGGACUCUUCACCGCCACAGCAGCCCAUUUCAUCUUGGGUGCACUUCGGAGCUUUUGGUUGUCAAACUGGUCCGAUGCAGCAAAGAACAAAACGGAGCGAGCCCUAGAAACUGAGGAAGAGACAGCGAUUAGAAAAGCGAAUGCACAGAAUCGACUUUUUGUGUUCGCUGGGAUUGGAGCACUAGAAGUAAUUGCUAUUGCCAUCGCCUAUGUCUUCUUGGUGUUGAUGGCUGAAAGAGCUUCCAAAGUUUUCCAUAAGAAAUUCGUCGUAUCACUCUUAAAUGCUUCGAUGACAGUUCACCGGAAAAUCGAUGUUGGACAAGUGAUGAAUCGAGCUUCAAGAGACUGCAACAUCUUCGAUAAUCGGACUCCGCUUUGCUUGAGACAAAUGAUUCAAAACACUAUUCAAAUCGUGUGCAGUUUGGCAGUAGUCGCCAUCUCAACUCCAUCUUUCUUGUUUGCAUUAGGACCCAUAGCAAUUGGAUACAUCUAUAUACAGAACAAGUACAUUCCAACGAUGAAACAAUGGAGUCGAAUCGAGCGAGCGCAAUGGUCACCAGUGAUCACACAAGCCACUGAAGGAAUGGCUGGGGUUGAAGUGAUCCGAUCAGCUGCACAGGAGGCAAGGUUUUCUGAACAAUUUGUGAGCGAGAUGGAGGACUAUGUGAGAGCUGACUACUUGGAGAACCCGAUGAAGCGCUGGCUUAUGCUUAGACUUGAUAUCAUCGGGAAUUCAAUCACUUUGUGCUCAUCGUUGCUCUGCGUUUGGUCGAUCUCAAACGGAAAUCUUACGCCCGGGGUGGCCGGUCUUUCAAUUUCGUUCGCCAUGACUGUCACCGAACAACUAGGACAUUUGGUUCGAAUGGUGGCUGAGAUGGAAACGAGUAUGAUUGCCGUGGAAAGGAUCAAGAAAUAUGUGGAUCUCGAGCCAGAGGACUCACAGGCUCACGAGAAUGCAGAGAAGGAACGACUUCUUAGUGGAGAUGUUGAAUGGAAAGAUUAUUAUGGAUCAUACCGCAAAAACGGAACCCCUGUUCUCCAUGGAAUAACGAUGAGAAUUCCAGCUGGUGAACGAGUGGUGAUUGUUGGGAGGACGGGAAGUGGGAAAUCGUCGACUUUUCUGUCUUUGUUGGGAAUGCUCGAGAAAUGCGGGGGAGAGAUUGAUAUCAACGGGAUUUCAACCUCAAACAUCUCGGUCAAGAAAUUGCGAAAACAUUGCGCGGUUGUGCCACAGUCAGUGCGGAUCUUUGAUGAUUCCGUUCGUUUCAACAUUGAUCCCGAGAGAAAACACGAUGAUAUCGAGUUGUGGAAAGUUUUGGAAAGAUCCGGAUUGAAAGCGCUGAUCUCGUGGAAAGAUGGCCUUGAUGAGCGCUUGUGUGCGGAUAUUAUGAGUCAUGGACAAAGACAGCUCCUUGGCGUCUCAAGAUCUCUUCUCUCCGGUGGUGAAAACUUCCAGGGUUGUCUCCUUUUGGAUGAACCGUUUGCUUCAGCGGAUUCAGCUGUUAUGGCAAAUCUCGAACAAGUGAUCCCCAAAUGGUUCAGCCGAGCCACCGUUUUCACGAUAACACACAAACCACCAGCUGAUGGCACUUAUGAUCGACUAAUUGAAAUCUCAAACGGGGAAAUCGUUGCUCAACACGUGACUUCUCAAGAAAAUGCUCAAAGCGAG